AUGCGAGUCCUAUUCGUUUAUCCCAACCUCAACACCCAGAUGGGCUUCAAUCAUGGGUUGGCGGCCAUCUCAGCCGUGUUGAAGGAAAACGGUCAUGAGACUCGCUUGGUCAACCUGAACGAGAAUCUACCACCGGUACCUACGACCCAAGAUCUGCUAGAUCUAGUCAUGGAAUGGCAACCUGGAAUGGUGGCGUUCUCGACGAUCACCCAGCAGUACCCCAAGGCUUUGGAGCUAGCCCAAUCCCUAAGAGACUCGCAUGCUGCGGGGGAACUAGACCUCCCACCUCUGGUGGUCGGGGGCAUUCAUCCGACACUCGUGCCCGAGGAAGUGAUGGGCGACGGAGUUUGGGAUCACGUGGGCCGCGGCGAAUGUGAGAUGGCCCUGUUGGAGCUCGUGCAACGUCUGGAGGCGGGAGAGCAACCCGAUGACGUACAGAAUUUCGUGUCAUGGCUCGGGGGUCAGCGCCCAACCGGUCCCUUUGAACCCAGUCAGUGGCGCGUGAAUCCAGUGGGGGAAUUCCCGGAGCUCAAGGAUUUGCCAGAGCCGGACUACGACCUGUUCGAAACUGACCGCAUUACAGCCAGCAAAGGCGGUUGGUUCAGCUUGAUGUCGAGCCGUGGAUGUCCCUACCGCUGUAGCUAUUGUUUGAAUCACAAGAUCAUCGACCUGUACCGCGAGGAUCUUGGGCGCGGCGUGGCCAAGCUUAACGCCUUCCGCUUUCGGCCAGCGGACCUGAUGAUGAAAGAGAUUAGGACGGUGCUCAAGAAUCAUAAGGGCAUUGAGACGUUCAUCUUUGACGAUGACCUGUUCACUCAGAAUGUCGAGCACGCUCUGGAGAUGUGCAAGGCCUAUGAAGAGUCCGAAGUGAACAUUCCAUUCGUGGUGAACGCACACGUGAAGCGUCUGGAUCCACGAGUCGCCCAGGCUCUGGCCAGCGCCGGUGCCAAGAUCCUGAAGAUGGGCGUCGAGUGUGGAUCCCAACGCGUGCGUUCCAAAGUACUCAAGCGGCACAUGACGAAGUCAGACAUCAUCGAAACCGUAGAGUCCAGCGAAGAGUACGGCUUGCAUACCUCCGCGUUCGUGAUGAUCGGCUUGCCCACGGAGACCCGCGACGAACGUAUGGAAACCGUGGACAUCCUCGCGGAAUCUCGCGUCGGUCGUUUUCGCUGCUCCUACUUCUUCCCAUUCCCGGGCACCGAUUCUUGGCAGAUGUCGGUCGAUGCAGGACACGUGGACUUGGAUCAACUCGCGAAACAAACGGACUUCACCUGGGCGAGCGCGUUGGAUUUUGGGGAGGAAGAGAAUCUCUUCAUCGCCAAGCUCGGGCGCUGCUUCUCCUGGUUCGUGAACGCCCGAAUGGAUCGGUUCAGCCCGGCUCCGGCGUCUCAGCGCUACGCUCCUGUUGUGGAAGAGGUCCUCGCAAUGGAUCGCAAGGCCUGGGAAGAGUUCGAACCCACGGUCGCCGCACGUGACGCCGAGCUUUCAGCCGCCUGCAUCGAAGCGAGUGAGUUGCACUACGCGAUCAAGUACAACGACUUCAUGGGCGUACGCAGCGAUUUCUUUCUUGCCGAAGAAGAGGGCCGCGAGUGGUUCACGGCCUCCGCCCGUCCAACUCCGGGCGAGCUCGAGCGGGCGGCAGAGCGCGCCGAGGUCAGCGGGUGA